CCCGCUGGCCGGCUCCAGCAGCGAGGAGGCCAUGGGAGGCGACAGCACGCCCAGCCCGGACCUACUGAUGGCCCGCAGCUUCGGUGACAAGGAUCUCAUUUUGCCCAAUGGCGGUACUCCAGCAGGCACUUCGAGCCCAGCCUCUCCAUCUUCCCUUCUGAACAGACUCCAGCUUGAUGAUGACAUUGAUGGUGAAACCAGAGAUCUCUUUGUCACGGUUGAUGAUCCCAAGAAGCAUGUCUGUACGAUGGAGACCUACAUCACAUACAGGAUCACCACCAAAAGUACUCGGGUGGAAUUUGACCUGCCAGAAUAUUCUGUUCGAAGGAGAUACCAGGAUUUUGACUGGUUGAGGAACAAACUGGAAGAAUCGCAGCCCACUCAUCUCAUUCCCCCGCUUCCUGAGAAGUUCGUGGUGAAAGGUGUUGUGGAUCGUUUUUCAGAAGAGUUUGUGGAGACCAGAAGAAAAGCUCUGGACAAAUUCCUGAAAAGGAUUACAGAUCACCCUGUGCUCUCUUUCAACGAACACUUCAAUGUAUUCCUCACUGCUAAGGACCUGAAUGCCUACAAGAAGCAGGGGAUAGCACUGCUGACCAGAGUGGGUGAGUCGGUCAAGCAUGUCACGGGAGGCUAUAAGCUGAGGAGUCGGCCUCUGGAGUUUGCAGCCAUUGGUGACUACUUAGACACUUUUGCACUCAAGCUGGGAACCAUUGAUCGGAUAGCCCAGCGGAUCAUCAAAGAAGAAAUAGAGUACCUCGUAGAGCUGAGGGAAUAUGGGCCUGUGUAUUCCACAUGGAGCGCCUUGGAAGGCGAGCUAGCAGAGCCACUGGAAGGUGUGUCAGCCUGCAUUGGGAACUGCUCCACAGCCUUGGAAGAACUGACAGAUGAUAUAACAGAGGAGUUUCUACCAGUGCUCAGGGAAUACAUUCUGUACUCUGACUCCAUGAAGAGUGUACUGAAGAAGAGGGACCAAGUUCAAGCAGAGUAUGAAGCCAAACUGGAAGCUGUGGCUCUGAGAAAGGAAGAGCGUCCCAAGGUGCCAGCAGAUGUGGAGAAGUGCCAGGAUAGGAUGGAGUGCUUCAAUGCUGACCUGAAGGCUGAUAUGGAGAGAUGGCAGAACAACAAGCGCCAUGAUUUCCGGCAGCUGCUCGUGGGCUUGGCUGACAAGAAUAUCCAGUAUUAUGAGAAGUGCCUCAUGGCGUGGGAGUCGAUUAUUCCACUACUGCAAGAGAAACAAGAGACCAAGUAGAUUUGUUCUUGGGACAGAGAGACUCUUCUGCCUCCACAGGGCAUGACACGCUGAACCAGAAUGUCCCUGCAGUGCCAGAGAGGUGGAGAGGUGGCGGUGGGAAAGCAGCAUAGCAGCCCCCCCCACCCCCGUUUGUGUACUGUCUCCCUCCCUCUUCCCCUCCCCCUCUCCCUCUCCCUCCCCAUAGUUGUUUUCAGUUUAGUAUUUAUUCCUUGGAGGAGUCUAUGGGGCUGUGAUCAUCUCGCAACAGAAGCAUACCUCCAUAUUGUGAAGGAACCUCCUAAAUGGAACACUACAAAGACUUGAAACUAAGGGACAGGACAACCCCCAGAUGACACAUGACAUUGCUUUGGGGGGCAGCCCAAUUGCUGUUGUGGGACAGAACAACAGCCCUGCUUUUCAGGGACAUGGGAGACAUGAAGAAGGCAGCUGUGGCAACCCUGUGACUCUGCACUUUGCCCCUGGGAGCAUUGGCCUGUCCCGGCAUAGGAGGUAUAGGGACCUUCUUGGAAAGUCCUUAAUUUACAGUGGCCUGUGGCUGUGACUGUGGCCUACUGCCUGCUCAUCGUGAGUGGCAUCUGUUGACUUGUUUCUGGUUCACAUGGGUCCAUUUAAAUCAGUGUCUCUGUGUGCAUCAAUGCUCGAGUGAGCAAGCCAGCGUCCUUGUCCUUAUGCGAUGCCUCAGGAAGCUGAAGAGAAUGCCCCUGGAUCUUGUUUCUGACACCAGAAUGCUACAGAUGAGAAGCUUUUUGGUGUGAAUUGGGAAAAGGUGCAUUUUUCUCUGUGACUGUAUUAGUGUUUUUGUUUUGCUUGUUAACCUUCAUUGUGGUUGGGAUUAGACCUGUUAGGAAACACCUGCUGUUUAAUGGUCAGUGACUCUCCUGUGUGCCAAGCCCUCCCCCAAUGUCUGCUUUGUGCAAUUUGCCUUAACCUCACCAAAAAUGUCUGGUUUAAUACUUCCUAUCAUGCCCACUGAAUAUCUGGGCAACCUUGCAGUGAGGGCUGGUGUAUCACAUUGUUAUGACUGUCAAACUUGUAAGUUAAGUGUGAAUGUUCUAUAUGAGGGUUUUAACCCCUAAACUUCUGUGGUCUGGAGGAAUAAUAUCUGAAGGGCCCUUAGAGAUGAGAAGAGAGACACCAGGACUUGUGCUUCUGACUAUAUGGAAAUCUCCAUUUGCAGCCAAAAUAUGAGGACUGCUGGCUGGGCUUAAAGUUUUCAUUUGAAACUUUUCAAAUUGCCAUAAAGUCAGCAGUUAGAAAGGAUCUCUUUCAGAUUGUUCUCGUUGAAAACAAGCUGCAGAGUGUGUUCUUUCAUCUGUGGCUUUGCUAAAAAUCCAUAAAUCUGAGCCUCAGGUAAACAGAAGGGGUUUUGUUUGUUUUAAAAUGAAGCAGUCCAGUUACUGCUUCACGUACAAAUUAAUUUGCAAAUUCCAAUCAACACACAGCAUGCUGAGGUCCUGUCAUUCCCUCUCUGAGUUGGACCUCCAGUCAGCUGCAUCUGAGACAUUGUAGACAGCAGCUAGACAGCAUGGAACUAUUUGUCUUUUCUUUACAUCUGACAAGUUUAUGAUUGAAAUAAUAAUUCCUGAAACUAUUGGUACUUGCCUAAACCCCAUCUGUGCCAUCCUAAAAUCCUUUGAUGUGAAUUUUGUUUGGUACAAAUAGAAACGACCCACUGAAGCAGAGGGUAAGAACAGUCUGUACUUACCCAAACUUCAGUGGCUCAGCAUCUCAUUCUACCUCUAAACCAUUGGGUUGGUGUGGGUGUGAAUGCCAAGAGCCAGCCCCAGCAUGCUGGUAGAGUCAGGUCAUAUAUCUAGUCACCAACAGGGCUCCAUUGAUGUAUGUCAUGAGACACCAGACUGGCCCAGCAGUGAUGGCCAUCUUUGGGAAACAUGAAACCUUGCUGUGUAGACUGUGUGCUUGAUAAGUGUCCAGUGUACUGAUGCUUGGAAGGAACUACAGAAAGUAUUAAGGAGAAGCUACCAUUUGAUGUCCAGCCAAUUGCUGAACCCCAAGUCAAUCCUGAAUGCCGGUUAGCUACAUAAGAAGGAAGCCCUGUGAAAACAGCCCUGGGCUGCACUGGGAAAUAUAGGAAUGGAAGCAGGGUCCUCAGGCAUUCCCUUGUGAGACACUGGAUUUCAGGGAGGGCAUCUUGAACUUUUUGUCUUGUUCUGUUCUUUUGGCCAGCAAGCAAGAUUCCAGAAAGGGCUGGAAUAUUGGAGACUUUUGGUCCCCUAGGAACGAUGUCAGUGGCCGAGCCAGGAACACCCAUGCACCAGAAGGCACUCUUGUCCCUGUCUUCAGGCUCUCAUGGUGAGCUGAGGAGGCUGGCCAGAGGAAAGGGGCAGGUAGACAGUGACAGGGCCUCCUGCCCUCCUACUCCUGUGGCUCCCUCAGUCCCCGGAAGCUCAGCAGUCACAAGCAUUUGUUUCCUCUUGGCCAAGCACAAAAGAGAUUCCCCCACAAAACAUAGCUCAGAGACUACGGUGCCGGUGCUGAAUGCCGAAUGCCGAAAUGCCUCCGAGAAGCUCCAUUAGUUCCUUCUGGAGCCUACAAAGCUUCUGCCUUGAAGUCACAGAUCCCUCUUGUUUAUUUUCCAUGAGACUUUGCCUUGAGGGUAGAAUGAGCUGAACCUCAAGCAGAGGGAUAGUACAUAGAUUUUGAGGCUUUGAAUACAUGACAGUAAAAUGAAAGUUGGCCCUAGUAACUGCCCAGGUCCUGAGAAAUGGAGGGUUUGUUCAUUGGCUUAGAAAUCUGUCAAGGUAAAAAGAGAGAAUUCUUAAAACCAAGGAGACUAGAGAGAUGCGAGUGUUUACACAACACUGUUGUGGUUUGUAGCAGUAAAGGAUAUGCUAAUGCUGGCAACUUGUAAGAAGAAUCUGGGCUGCUCUGCUCAAAGCAAGGAGGCUCUGCACUGGAGUAAGGAGGGACUCAUGUCUCAGCCUGUGUGGGCUUGGGUUUACCCUCUCCUAAGGCUCAGUCAUGAUUGUUGGUGAGUCGUUGCAAGUAGGCUUAGGGGGAGGCCUUGGCUUGGUGCUUAACCAAGCUACUCCUGAACUCACCAGGCAUUUCCCCAUAACCAACAUAAGAAAAGCCCAGCAUGCCUGGGGAUACAAGUGGAAUGUAAGUCUCUUUAUGCCAAAUGGGGGCCACAUGGAGUGUGCUCUAGAUGCUGAGUAGAGUGUACUCUUUCUAUCUCAACAGGAGGAAACUGUCCGUGCACACUGUAGCCUUGGGUGAAGGCCCAAUGAAAGUUCUGAUUUUAGAAGUAAGCAUGAUGGCAAUGUUUCUCUUUUAGGACAACACCCAAAGAACACUCAGACUCUGUGACUCGGUCCUGUUCUAUGGCACUGAAGCCCUAGGUAGCUGGCUCUGUUUCAGUGAGGUCAUUUGAAUCAUAGUAACGUCACUACACUACACUACACUACCCUGAGCUGGUUGGGGUGGGUAAAGCCAAGGACUGCCUUAGCAGCUGCAUUGGCCAUACUAAUUUGGGUCUUGGAGUGGACUGGAACUGGCCUCUCUGGCUAGGUGGAGCUGGCGACCCUAAAGGGUGAUUCUUUCAGAGGAUCAGCUUCUGUGGCUGGGGCAGGGCACUCUCUUCUGGCCCCUCACCUUCUCACAAAUGGUAUUUGGAAAUCAAGUAAGCUAAGCAUAGUGUUAGGGGACUUUGGUCAUCUUCAUUUACAAGAUUAUGUUGGGGAUUUGGGGUUUCCUUCUCAGUCUCAAAAGUCUUCAGGCUGGCAACAGAUUCUCCUCAGGUAGCAGGUGGCACUUAGCAGUACAAUUAAGGAAAAUUACCUCCUGGCCAAAUAGAGAUGCAGUAGGUGUUGGGGCUGCUUGCUUCCUCCCUGUUUAUAAUUUAGUAAAUAAUGAGGGAUUCAAUUUUUUACCAACCUACUCUGUAGGUUGUCAGUGUUCUGUUUUGAAGGUGUCCCCAUGGUUGCACACAUCAGAGGACAGCGACUUUGUCUAGGCUGGGGUGAAAACUCUCUUAAAUGGGCAGACCAUUCUCUCUUAAUCAUAUCUGUUUGAAAUAUUCCUGGGUAUGAUGGACUGCCCAAAUCUUUAUGUGUGGAAAAAAACAAAACAAAAAACCACAUCACUAUUUUUAACUACUGUAGUUUGUAAAUAAGUGAUCUGAGGUGGGGGAAACUUUUAAAGAGACCAAUAAGAUGUCUCUCUCAUAUCUGUGUUUUUAGCACUUGAAAACCAACAUAUCUAGAAAAAGCCACAGACUGUUAAAAACCUAACUGUAGUUCUUAAAACUGUCAGUACCCACUAAUUGCCUUACUCCUCAGCUAGUGUUUAAAAGAGUUUGCAUAGAAAGUUUUACAUGUGGAAGCAGAUGGUCUAGAAACUUAAUAUAGGCCAUCUUCAGUCCCAUUAAAGUCACAAGCCAGAGGUGAGGGUCACAGAAGGAAGGUGGCCUUUUGGGAGGUGAGACUAAAUAUUGCUGUUGCCAAAUGGUAUUUGAAAUAAUGUCAAGAAACAGGGACUAUGUAUGACACUCGUACUGUUUGAUGUCUUUGAGUGAGAAAGACAAACUUGGUAUGCGUUGGUAGUUUGGGGUGUAGAGUAUAGAGACAUUAUCAGCAGUGACAAAUCACAUAGCUUCAGAGGAUCCUCUAGAUUGUGACAGAAUGGGCCCCAGAGCACACUGGGAUAGAACUCCUCCAAAGGUUGAAAUGCCAAAUAACAUAAAUGUGUUCUGUUGACUCAUUAAUAUUAGAGCCAGUGGUAAAGAGUUGUCUAUGUGCCUCUCCCAAAAGUACCGCCCAAGUAUCAGGUGAUUUGGGCUCUCCAUGCAGUCCUGGUCAGAGCAGCUAACACCUGUGCACACUGCUGUUUGACAGGCCGGUCCACAGCCUUAGACUGAUGCUUUGCCAGGAACAAUGCUGGAGGGGAGGGAGGAGGAGGGAUUUUUUUUUCCCUAGACUGCAAGGCAACGUGUGGAUUGGUGUAACAGAGUGAUGGCUGUGUCAGCUGGGCCUUCAUCCAGGAACAAACUAGCACAAACCAGCAUCUUUACCAGUCAGCACUGUCCACCUAGCCGGUGCUGAGGGUUGGGCUUCUCCCUCAGAGUCUCUGUAUUUCUGUAUGCCUGUUUCCUUCAUGCCUGAGUCAGGAAUGUAUGGAGAGGCAGCCUGCAUCUGACAGACUCCCAUGAAACAAACUGCCAGCAAACUUUCUAACUCUCAUUUUAUCUGUUCAAAGGGAGAUUAUAACAAAUUUUUGGACUUUUUUUUUAUUUUUAGAAAUUGUGUGUUUAAACUUCCAGAGAAAGAAGCAGGCUUCUGAGGUAUGGUGUCCCACUGUGCUAGCUCUCUCUCCAUGCUGCCAUUAAGCCAAAACAAAAGUUGUGAGCAUAAGUGCUUGAGAGAAUGCGUGUUGAUAAGAAAGUGAUUUCUUUACAGAUCCAAGUGUUUGUCUCAUGAAACUACCAAAAAACGAAUGUCACCUUUUUCUUUGUUAUGGAACCAGAGAUUAUAAAAAGAAAAAAAAGUUGUUUUGUUGUAUUUUUGAUGCUGGCAUGAAGUUCUUGUCCACUUUGGUUUUUCGUAUAUCUGUGUGUAAGAAAUUCUGUUUGUUGUUUACUAUGGAAUUAGUAUUACAUUUUGAGGUAAACGAAGAAUUUGUAUUGCUUGAUAAACUAUUAGCUUGUAAAUUAAAAAAUUCUUUACCUCAGUUAACUUAAAGUAAUGGACCAAUAAAUCUAUAAAAGAUGCUUUAUUAA